AUGAGCCCCGGAUUCGUGCAGGACGCUCUUCCAGCCGCAUCUUUGCCAGUCAGAGGAUCCUCACCCCAAAAAAUGACUCCAACUUCACGGAGACGCGCCCGCUGCUGCUGCACGGGUGGCGGCUGCAAACGGGUCCUGGUAUCGUCCUUUGGGAUGAGAGUUAGGGGCGCUGGGAACAGCUGCUACGCUUGGCCGCUCUCCCAACAGCUGAAGGUUUUGCUGCUGCUCUGUGAGUUAUUGGCAACAGUUUCUGCUUCCAAGUUCAGGACCUGUGAGCCGUACUUGGAUGCUGCGGGAAUAUAUCACUCUGGAUUCCACUGUCCCCGCCUCAAUGAUGAGCGGAAGCAGACGUAUUGCUGCCGGCAGAGUAAUCAGACCCUGAAGUACUGCUGCAACAGGUUGGAGUUUCAGAACAUGACGAGAAUCAACCAGACGGUGGCCACCAGGAGCUCUGUUAACUAUGGGCUGAUGGCUGCUGUUCUGGUCUACGGUCUCGGUGUUGCUGCCCUCCUCCUGAUGGACCUGCUCUAUUACUGCUCGGUGAACAGAGACAAGCUCCGGCCGUGCCGAGCUCCUGCUUCCCUCUGUGGUGGCUAUGGAGACAGCCCUGAGGGAAGUUUCUCCACACCGGGUCAAAGGUCGUCGUUGGGACAACGGGCAUCUUGA